UGUUCCUUUAAAGAAAUUAAUUUUGAUGGCAGCAUUGCUACUCGGCCUGGCUCAGAGCUUAACCCUGCGACAGGAUAAUGACUGUGAUUUUGACUUUAAGGAGAAACCUGAAGAUUUCUUUUCAAUGAGCUCAAAUUUAAAAGCUUCAACGCCUGCUAAAGAGCAUCCCAUCGAUGAGAAAAAGGAGAGGAAAGUAAGGCACCCAUUGGGUCAGAAGCGAAACCAGCGUCAUAAAGGCAGGCUGACUUUACCUCCACCCUUACUCUGGACGGAUUCCUCUUCCGAUGUGCUACAUGUGCCAAGUCAACACCAACACCAACAGCGACAGCGUUUGCGACGGGCUGUGACUGUGCGUAAGGAACGCACCUGGGACUAUGGUGUCAUACCGUAUGAGAUCGAUACCAUAUUCAGUGGUGCCCACAAAGCACUCUUUAAGCAGGCAAUGCGACACUGGGAGAACUUUACGUGCAUUAAAUUUGUCGAACGCGAUGCCAAAUUGCAUGCCAAUUACAUUUACUUUACGGUUAAGAAUUGCGGCUGCUGUUCGUUUCUUGGUAAAAACGGAAAUGGCCGUCAACCAAUAUCAAUAGGACGCAAUUGCGAGAAAUUUGGCAUUAUUAUACAUGAACUGGGCCACACGAUUGGCUUUCAACAUGAACAUGCCCGAGGCGAUCGGGAUAAGCACAUCAUUAUCAAUAAGGGAAACAUUAUGCGUGGUCAGGAGUACAAUUUUGAUGUCCUCUCACCGGAAGAGGUGGAUCUUCCAUUACUACCCUACGAUUAUAAUUCAAUUAUGCAUUAUGCUAAGAAUUCCUUUUCCAAAAGCUCUUACCUGGAUACAAUCACCCCGAUUGGUAUACCGCCGGGCACUCACAUCGAACUGGGUCAGCGACGUCGCCUAAGUCGUGGCGAUAUACUGCAGGCCAAUCUCUUGUAUAAAUGUGCCUCUUGUGGGCAUACCUAUCAGCAGAAUUCCGGUCAGAUAAUUGGUCCACAUUAUAUCUAUACAGGAAAUGGUGUUCUUAGCGAAUACGAAGGCAGCGGCGAUGUUGCUGAUGCUGGAGAGGAAAAUGCAGACAAAUUCGAUGCAUCACUUUCCACCUGUGAAUGGCGCAUCACCGCCACCAAUGGUGAGAAGAUCAUACUCCAUUUGCAGCACUUGCAUUUGAUGGAAUCGGAUGAUUGCUCCGAGGACUAUUUGGAGAUUCGAGACGGUUACUGGCAUCGAUCUCCCCUGGUUCAACGACUGUGCGGCAGUGCAAGCAAUGAGAUAAUCACCACACAGACUAGCCGCAUGCUCAUUAAUUAUGUCAACCGGCAUGCUGGGCAGGGUUACCGCGGCUUCAAGGCAAGAUUUGAGGUGGUAUGCGGCGGCGAUAUUCAGUUGACCAAAGAUCAGUCGAUUGAUUCACCCAAUUAUCCGGUGGACUAUAUGCCCAAUAAGGAAUGUAUUUGGCGUAUCAAUGUACCUAUCCAUCAUCAGGUGGCUCUUAAAUUUCAAUUCUUUGAGCUGGAAAAGCACGAUAAUUGCAUUCACGACUACAUUGAAAUACGUGAUGGCAAUCACAGCGAAUCCCGGCUGAUUGGACGCUUUUGUGGUGAUAAACUGCCGCCCAGCAUAAAAACCCGUACCAAUCAGAUGUACAUCAAGUUCGUCUCGGAUGGUUCGGUACAAAAACUGGGUUUCUCUGCUGCCCUUAUGCUGGAUGUGGAUGAAUGCAAGUUUAUGGAUCAUGGCUGUCAACACACUUGCAUCAAUACACUAGGAAGCUAUCAAUGCGGUUGUCAUGCUGGCUAUGAGCUUCAAGCGAAUGGGAAAAACUGUGAAGAUGCUUGUGGAGGCGUCGUCGAUGCUACUAAAUCAAAUGGUACGCUGUACUCGCCCUCGUAUCCUGAUCUGUAUCCCAAUGCCAAACACUGUGUUUGGGAGGUAGUAGCACCAGUAAAUCAUGCCGUUUUUCUGAAUUUCACCCAUUUUGAUUUGGAGGGCACAAAAUUUCAAUAUACUAAGUGUAAAUAUGACUAUCUGUAUAUCUAUUCCAAGAUGCGGGACAAUCGCUUAAAGAAGAUUGGUAUUUUCUGUGGCAAUGAAUUGCCACCUAUGGUCAAUUCGGAACAGAAUGUCUUAAGAUUAGAAUUUCAUUCGGAUCGUACAGUGCAGCGAAGUGGAUUUGUAGCUCAGUUCAUCAUAGAUGUGGACGAAUGCGCCAUAAAUAACGGCGGAUGUCAGCACAGAUGCCAGAAUACAUAUGGAUCUUAUAAAUGCAGUUGUCGUAAUGGCUAUACCCUACAUGAUAAUGGUCACAACUGCACGGAGACGAAGUGCAAGUUUGAGAUCACCACCUCGUAUGGAGUGCUGCAGAGUCCCAAUUAUCCGGAGGAUUAUCCACGCAAUAUCUAUUGCUAUUGGCACUUUCAAACCGUAUUGGGCCAUCGUAUACAGCUGACAUUCCAUGAUUUUGAAGUCGAGAGCCAUCAGGAAUGCAUCUACGACUAUGUGGCUAUCUAUGACGGGCGUUCGGAGAACAGUUCAACCCUUGGAACAUAUUGUGGUGGACGUGAACCGUAUGCGGUGACUGCUUCUACCAAUGAGAUGUUCAUGGUGCUGGCCACGGAUGCUGGCCUGCAGCGUAAAGGUUUUACGGCAACAUUUGUAUCCGAAUGCGGUGGUUACCUACGGGCAACGAAUCAUUCACAGGUCUUCUAUUCACACCCUCGCUACGGCAGCCGCAACUACAAACGGAAUAUGUACUGUGAUUGGCGCAUCCAGUCCGAUCCCGAUAGCAGUGUAAAGAUCAAGUUCCUGCACUUUGAGAUCGAGUACUCGGAACGCUGUGAUUAUGAUUUCUUAGAGAUCACCGAAGAGGGUUAUUCCAUGAAUACAAUACAUGGACGAUUCUGUGGCAAGCACAAGCCACCCAUAAUUAUUUCCAAGUCGGAUACAUUGCUGCUUCGCUUCCAGACGGAUGAGAGUAACUCGUUGCGUGGUUUUGCCAUCUCCUUUAUGGCAGUAGAUCCCCCUGACGAUGAUGCAGGAGGUGAAGACUUCGAUGCAGUGACUCCAUUUCCGGGCUACCUUAAGAAUAUGUACGCCUCUGAAACGGAUGGCGAGGAUUUCCUGCCUCCCACUGUAGUAGCUCAUAGUUCACAUCACAUUUUGCCGCCAAGCCGGCUUAUGUAAUCUACAUCCAAUGAUUAGGGUGGUUCAUUUAUUCAGUUACGAUUUGUUGUUGCAUUUAUUUUAAUAAAUUU